CUAUCUUUCGAGCUCGCGCUUUUUGUUAAGGGUUUGGUUUCUGAACUUCUGGAUAUUUCAGAUCUGGACCCACUAAUUCCAUGAAACUACAGGUUUCUGUAAUUGUCAGUCUUAUGUUAUUGUAUAACUAGAACAGUUUUUCGCUUCACGAGAUUAGAAAGUGAACUGAAUUAAUGGAGUUUAUAUUCGUACGGAUAGUCCACUAAAUAUAUUUUUUUUCAAUUAUGGUAGUAUGACAUGGGUUUUAGGGUCCCUUAAAGCAUCAUUAACCAUAAAACUUUAAAGUUGAUGAACUUCUAAAUCUCAAUAAAGUAUCAAGUGAUAAUAAUUGAAGUUCGCACUAUAUCAAUGAUUGAAGUAAGUUUAAAAUUUUUUGACUACAAGUUACUUAAGCAAUAAGUAGAUUUCGUUGCGCUAGUCUCGUACCUAAAUGGCCUAAGUUUUACUAAAAAUGAAUUAAUCAAUCUGAAUUGCUGAGAAAUCCCAAACUAGGUAUCCACUUAGUCACACGCUAUCUUAAAAGAUUUUCCAACUAAAUAUUGGUUUAUGAUGAGGAGGGUCUUCUUCUCUGGUUUUACUAGCUUUGAAACUUUUCAACAGUGAUAUACACAUUUUCAAAAUGGAUCAAGCUGGAAAAUUUCAAGCUUUACUAAACUCAAUGAUCUUAAUCCAUCCCGUUGCAAAUUUUGUCCAACAAUUGUUCAAUACCUCCCAAACCUAUUCAGAACAUAUAAUUUCCUCAUAUUAUCCAUAAUUCUCUUUCUCUUUUAGCAUUUCAUAAUAAAGAUGGUGUAAAAGUUGGGGAAAAUGCAGCUAUGAUAUAAAUUUUGCUGAUUUAAUUUACACAGACACUUCAUUUUUAAAUUCCAGUGAUGUUAUUCAGAAAGGCAAAAUGUUAAUCCUAUUCAUUUAUAUAAACAGAAGACUAAUGCUAUCCAACGGAUACAUUUAAUGGGCAAAUAAAGCACCUAGCGAUGGUAGUAGUUAACCUAAGGAAUACAUUUUUAAUAAAUGAUUUUCUGAUACAGACAAUUUGUGCCUUUAUUUCUGCUGUUACCUUCCUGGUAAUCAAAGUAACUAGUGUUUGUAACUAAUACGUGCGUACGUGGCUAACAUAAGAAAUUUUAGCAUCAAAUUGAAAUCUCGUCAAGUGGAACUUGAGGCGUGUUCAAAACUUCGUAGCUUUUCUGCAAAUAUACUUAGUUACCGGAAGAGAUACAGAAGAGCUUUCCCGUGUACUACAAUUUUUUUAAAAUAAAUCAGUUUGUAGUGCGUGUAUUUAUACAUUUUUCUUUUAGCUCCGAACAGGAGGCUCGCAAACGUGCUAUGAUGGUUGAUAAAAUUAAGCAAUUGACAAUACAUAAAUCACAAAUCAAUGCAGAAAUCACUAAAUUGAAAGAAACUGUAAAGGAUUAUAAAUAUUUUAAGGCAUUCCUCGAACGUUUGAUUCCAGAACCAUACAAUUUACAAAGGCAAACAAUUAGAGAAGAUAAAAAGCAACUCAAAUACAAGCAGAAAUUCCAAAUUCAAAAUGUAACUUCAAAACCAUCAUCAAUAGCUUCAAAUGAAAAUUCAGUACGAAGACCGUCAUUUGUCAUUACCAAACGAUCAUCAUUGAGACCAACAAUAAACAAAACAUUAUCAAUGGAGUCGAAACUUUCAAGACAAAUUACACCGUAUGAAAGUUCUAGUAGUGAAGACAGUGAUGAAGAAGUUUACUUUAAGGAUCCAAUUCAAAUAUUAACUAUCUUACGUGACUUAGAAGAGACAAAUCUACGUUUAAUUCAACAUUGUCAAGAGUCAGAUGAUUCAGUUGAAAUAUUACGUAAUCAAGUGAAUGAAACUGUGGAUAAUUAUGAGAAAGAUAUACACAUUUUAUCACAACAUCAGGCAUUUCUUAAAGGUGCUAUUGAUGCAGAACAAAACAAGACUCAGUAUUUCAGUUUAAGUAUGAGUGAUUUUUUAUUUGCCGGUUAUAAUUCCGAACAACAGAAGUUAAUUUUAAAUGAUUUACAUGAGAUUAUUACAGAAGUGUAUCGUGAUACAAUAAGAAAAUCAGAUACACCUUUAAGUUCAAUACAAAUGUUAUAUGAAAUUGAAGUGAAAUUGACUGAUUUACUUGAAAUAUUACAAACUUUACCUGAAGAUGAAGUUAAUGAAGUAAAACAAGCUAAAGAAAUUGAACAUAGGCAACAAAUUAAAGAGGAUAAAAAGUAUCAACAGCGUUUAUAUCAAGAGGAACGUAUACAAAAAGCAUUAGAACGUGCUAAAGCUGCACCGAAGAAACAAACUGGGCGUAGAUUAAUGACUCGAUCACAACCUCCUGUUAUACAUAAAUCAAAUGAUGGAAAACUUGAUGCAAAAGCUAAAGAAAUGAAAGAAUUGGCGUUCCUUUUCGAAUAAGAUUAUAAUUAUGAAAUGGGGGUCUUGUUUAUUCUUGGCAUUAUAUAUAUAUAUAUAUAUAU